UCCACUUAAACUUCCAUUCCAUCUGACUCCAAACCCCACAAACCAAACAUUUCGAAAAGGAAAGAAUGAGCCCAUUUUGGUCUUUCCUAAUAGUGCCGGGCCAAGGUGACAGAUGUAAAUGAUCAAGGAGCGAGGGGAAGAAAUCACUGCUCAUAAGAAAGGGCAAACGGAACAUGCACGCGUUCUACAUCAGUGUGUUUGUGGCUUGUUCAUCUUUGUAUGCAAGAUCUCGUGGACUCCGGCCGGCCGGCUGACUAGCGACUAGCGAGCGAGGGUGCCAGACAGACCAUGCGCGCCCGGGACGCCAUUGAUUGACUCACUCGAGAUCUCUUCUUGCCAGCGCACCCCGCCGGCCGGCCUCCAUAAAUCCCGGUCUCGAUCUCCAGUGGCAUCGACCUUUCAGCUCAUCCGUCCAUCCAUCCAUGGCGCCUCGCCCUGCAGCAGCAACCGGCAUCGCCAUGACCACCGUUGUAGCGCUGCUCGUGGUCGUCGUCGUGGCCUGCGUGACGACGGUCCAGGCCUUCGACGGGACGACGACGCUGGGCCUGCAGGGGCAGUGCGCGGCGGACGAGCAGGAACUGGUCGGCAGGAAGCCGAGCGCCAGGUACAUCAGCUACGCGGCGCUGCGGGCCGACGCGAUCCCGUGCGACAAGCGCGGGCAGUCCUACUACACCAACUGCGGGUCGAUGCAGCAGGCCAACCCCUACACGCGCGGCUGCUCCGCCAUCACGCGCUGCGCCCGCAACAUGAACUGAUCCGUCCACCCGUCGGCCGUCAACAUGGGUAUGCAUUGUGGUAGAUCGAUCGACCGAUCGGUGUGGGUGUGGUGCGGACGGACGCACGCGCGUACGUGAGCGUCUGAUCUCGAGCAUGCAUGAUUAGUACGUAGCAGCACGUACAGUAAUUAUGCAGCCUCCAUUAUGUUUGGUCAGCAUUAUGAACUGCAUGUCUGUGUAGUGAAAAUGUAAGUCUGUGUGGUGGCUAAUCAGCUGAUUUUAUGUUUGGUCACUUGAGUCUAGCACCAGCCAUUAUGCAGCCUCCACUUUUUUAA